UCAGCGCUGUGACGUCCCGGCAGGAGGAAGAGGAAGAAGAAGAAGAAGAGGUAACACUAGAGGCUGAACUGGAGCUGCUGUCCAUUAUCUUAUUAUAUUAUUAUCUUAUUUACAACCGGUGAGAUCGAUCCAUUUCUGAUCUGUCGGGAUUCUUUAAGGAGUAUAGAAGUUGAACGUUAGGUCUUCAGAGAUGAGCAGUUCAGAGGAAGUGUCAUGGAUCUCCUGGUUCUGUGGUCUGAGGGGGAAUGAGUUUUUCUGUGAGGUGGAUGAAGACUACAUCCAGGACAAGUUCAACCUGACGGGGCUCAAUGAGCAGGUUCCCCACUACCGCCAGGCCCUAGACAUGAUCCUGGACCUUGAACCAGACGAGGAGCUGGAGGACAAUCCCAACCAGAGUGACCUGAUCGAGCAGGCAGCUGAGAUGCUGUACGGCCUCAUCCACGCACGCUACAUCCUCACUAACCGAGGCAUUGCACAGAUGUUGGAGAAGUAUCAACAGGGAGAUUUUGGCUAUUGCCCCCGGGUCUAUUGUGAGAAUCAGCCUAUGCUUCCUAUCGGUCUGUCAGACAUCCCAGGAGAGGCCAUGGUGAAGCUGUACUGUCCUAAAUGUAUGGACGUCUACACACCCAAGUCCUCCAGGCACCACCACACAGAUGGAGCCUACUUUGGCACUGGCUUCCCCCACAUGCUCUUCAUGGUUCACCCUGAGUACCGGCCCAAGAGGCCCGCCAACCAGUUUGUCCCGAGGCUGUACGGGUUCAAGAUCCACCCCAUGGCCUACCAGCUGCAGCUGCAAGCCGCCUCCAGCUUCAAGAGCCCCGUCAAGGCCAUCCGCUAGAGCGUCCUGGACAGAGGAGGAGGAGGAGAAGGAGGAGGAAGAUUCGUAGAGAGAGAAGAAUCAUCAUCAGAAGGGGAGAGGUCACCUGCAUUUUACAAAGCUUUCCAGGUGCCCCCUCCCCACCCUGAAGACUGUAUUAUUUUGGUUUAGAUUAGGGCAAAUGAAAAAGUGUAAAGAUUUUUGAGUGUGAGCGAGACGAAAAAACGCACAGCCAUGAUCUUAAUCACAAACAAAACGCACGCACAUACACUCAUACACACAAAAAUACAUACAUGCAUCCACACACUUGGGAUUCCAUACACGUACCUUACCAAACUCAUCAGUGCCAAAAACAGGAGGGUGAGGUAAGAGGAAGCUGAACAAUACAGGGGCUUCACGCUACUGCUGCUGUUCACUCUGCUGUCAUAAUCGCCGGGUGACACUACAGGGGGAACUUCUCCCCGUAGAAAAGGUUUUUACGUCCAGGGCUGUUAGACGGAAAGCUGAAGAAAGUGCAACGGCCGAGUCAGCUCUCACCUCUGGCUCCGCGUUUGUUCUGUAUUUGGCACAAGUUUGGUAAAGGGUGGUGGUUAACCCUCCAUCAUUGGAAGCCUCCUCUUCCCUAUUAGCCCCCCAAAAUGCAUGUACACUCAGGCUGGCACUCGCAGAGACAGUUUGGACGGUGGGUGUUUUUCCUGUAUCACUCGUUUGAAAGAAUUUGGUUACUGGUUUGUCUGACGUUUUGUGGUGAUGUUGCACAAAGCUUUCUGUUAAAUUUGCCUUAAGAUUCAGAGAACACACCCAGAUUGCUUUUGUUUUUCAAGAGGCACAAGCAACAUUAGUUUGUUUCUUUUCUUUCUAAUGUUAGAGGAGGUAAAGUAGAAGUAGAUUUAAAUGUGCAGUGUGUAGGAUCCGGCGGCAUCUAGCGGUGAGGUUGCAGAUCGCAACCAACUGAAACUUCUUCCGUGUGCCAAGUGUGUAGGAGAACUACGGCGGCCCACUCCAUAUGUAGAUAACGAAGACACGAUUAUACACUAAAGAAAACACUCAUUAAUAUGAAAUCCCAUUUCUACCAAUAGAUCCCCCUCAAUGUUACACACUGUUCCUUUAAACUAACAUGAAUUUCCGAAUCGUUCAGACAAUUGUAAUCCGCCUGUGUCAUUUCUCCAGCUGUCUGUGCGUGUGUCAAACAUCUGUCUGUAUUGGUACCGAAGUGAAACUAUAACCUGUGCUCCAUUUUUCUGAGACGUGUCCCCUCCUGCAGCAGCAGGCUUAGCUGCGUUUGUAUUGUCACACACCCGCCCCCCUGUCCCUCGUAGAUUCAUCUUCCUUAAAGAAAUAGUUUGACAUUUUUGGGAAAUACGCAGAUUUGCUUUCUGGCGAGGAGCAGAUUAGAAGACGGUUACUGCUCUGCGGUAAUGUGAAGCUACCGCUAGCGGCCGGUUAGCCCUGUCCAAAGAUAACAAAAUCUACCCACCAGCACAUCUGAAGCUCACUAAUUAACAAGUUAGAUCUUGACUCUUAAUUUGUACAAAAACAAAAUGCGUAAAAAUGACAUUUUGCACUUAAGGUUUCCAGGGGGAGUUAUGUGCCAGUUAGCAGUUGUAUUGAUUCUAGAAAGUUACUGGUCCCUGCCAAGAGAUAGUCUGGCCUGUGACAAAAUAUAAAUUGUUUUUACACUUUAUGUACACAUUAAACAAACGAGAUAGUGAGCUUUAGAGGUGUUGUAUUUUGAUAUCGUUUGACAGAACCAGACCAGCUGUUUCCAGUCUUUUUGCUAAGUUAAACUAACCGGCUGCUGGUUGUAGAUUUAUAUUUAACGUACAGAUACGGUGGUGUCUGUCUUCUCAUCUAACUCCGCCCGAAAGUGGAUAUUCCCCAAAAUGUCAACCUGUCCGUGUAAAGAUCGAGGAGGAGACCCGGAGAAAGAGGAAUUUCGACAAUCUGAAUCCUUCAGCUCACUCCACCACUGCACUGAUCCCACUGGUGUCUCUCCACAGCACAGUCUCAUUAUUUAUGUUCAGGUUUAGAGACAGACCGACCACCAGCCGCUUGUUUUUUUUUUGUUUUGUUUCUGAAGCAGUGGGGCAGACACUCAGCUGCCCUCUCUUCGCUCCCUCCCCCCUCUUUACGUUCGUGUGACUGGAAUAGAUUGUUUUUUGGAUUUCAUGAUACAAGAGAAACGGUAUUUAUGUGUCCAGAUUUUAACUAAUGUUUGUCUGUGUUGUCGUCGUCUUUCUGCUACUGUGGAAGGGUGAGCAGGAUUCAGAAUUCUCAAUAAACUUCUAUUUUCUUUUCAUAUA